UUAUGCUGCUGCGCCGGUAUUUAUCUGAGAAGACAUCCUGUUUAGCUCACUUGCAUAGCCAGAGUAUAGUUUAGGGUCUACCUACGUAGUAUCUAGUUGCUUUUCAUUAAAGAACGGAAUUCAUUUUAAAAGAACAACACUACAGGUUUUAUUUUUGUAUUUCAUUUAUUUUUAUUGUGUGUGAGAGAGAGAAAGAAAGAAAGAGAUAAUGUCGUCCGAAGCCCCUGAGUAUUCUGCUUUCUUCGCAGUGAUGGGCGCCUCUGCGGCCAUGGUCUUCAGCGCCUUGGGAGCUGCCUAUGGCACAGCGAAGAGUGGCACCGGCAUUGCAGCCAUGUCCGUGAUGAGGCCGGAGCUGAUCAUGAAGUCCAUCAUCCCUGUAGUCAUGGCGGGUAUCAUUGCUAUCUACGGCCUGGUUGUGGCAGUGCUAAUUGCCAACUCCCUCGCACCAGGCAUCACGCUGUUCAAGAGCUUUCUGCAGCUUGGAGCUGGGCUGAGUGUGGGCCUCAGUGGGCUGGCAGCCGGCUUUGCCAUCGGCAUUGUGGGUGACGCAGGAGUCCGGGGCACAGCACAGCAGCCCAGGUUAUUUGUGGGCAUGAUCCUGAUCCUCAUUUUUGCUGAAGUCUUGGGUCUGUACGGCCUGAUUGUCGCCCUGAUCCUCUCCACAAAAUAAAUGUCCAUCAAUGCUGCUAAAAUAAAAAAAAAAUAAUAAAAAUAAAAAAAGCUCAUAAAUGUUUUGGUCUUAUCUCCACAAUGUGUACAGUUGUCUUAAUUUGGUAGUCAACCUCUUGUAAAUGCGAAAUGUACUUUAGUGAUUUAGUCUGUCCUGUGUGUGUUUGUAGAGAUCUAGAUUAUUAUUUUAAUUUGUUUUUUGCAGGUUAGCCAAGUUUUGUCUCCCCAGUGUCUGGGAGAAUUGACUGGAGCUAACCUGGUGGGGCACCAUUUUCAGUUUCCAUUUUGACGUUGAGGAACUAUCUAUACAUGUGUGGAAUAGGCUUGCUUUUUUAUUUUUAUUUUUUCCACGGAUAUCUUAUUUAUAAAGAUUUGAAGUGUUCAUACAAUUGUUUAAAUUGAGCAAAGUCUUUAUUGAAUUCCCCAUGAUAAAUAAAUAUAUAUAUACAUUAUAAAUAUAUCUAUGUAUAGGUAGGUUAUUGCACUGUGGGUAAUUGUAAUAAGUGCUUGGAAUUCCUUUGGCUGUAAUAAUUGGUUUAGAAAGGAGAUUGCUGUUAGUGUCCUGGUAUUGGAGUGGGAGUUGUGUGUGUUAAUUGUAAUGCAGAUGUUCUCAAAACACUUGUAACAUGUUUUCCUGUAGUACAUCUAUAUGACUGUUUGCAUUAAGGUGUGCACCCACUGAUGGGUUUCACAGGUCUAAUAUUUCCAAAUAAAUUUCCUCAACUUCUGUA